GAGUUAUCUUUCAACUGAAAGUGUAUACACACCAGAUACUACACGAACAAACCAGCGCUAACACAUCAGCUUUUGUGUUGACCUAACAUUGAAGUCUGAUUGAAACACAACGUUCUCAUUCUAGGCGGGUGUGCUAUUACUGUGUGCUUUUUACGUAUAUACUCUGUGAAGCAUAACAAUUUUCCAGAAACAUCCGUGUAUCGGGAAUAAAAUUAAGAAUGAAAAUUUUAGGAAUUGAAUUUGCGCCUUUGUCGAUCCCAAUGGAAAGAAGACUUCAAACAGUCGGAGCAUUACAUUAUACCUACGCAUUUCUAUUUUUUGGCUUUGGGAUGCUCUUUGUAUUCCUGUACCUACUCUUUACCAACUAUUACUUUGUGCCUCUGGCUUAUUUGGCGUGGUACUUUUAUGAUCGGGACACCAGCAAACACGGCGGGAGAAGAUCUGAAUGGGUGCGGAGGUGGAGUUUGUUUCGUUGGUCAGCAGAUUAUUUCCCUCUGAAACUUAUUAAAACCCACGACCUUUCGCCAGCCAAGAAUUACAUAUUUGCUUGCCAUCCUCAUGGAGUCAUGUGUCAGAGCCAUUUUGUUAACUUUGCCUCUGAAGGAACUGGUUUUAGUGAGCUGUUCCCAGGUCUACAGUCGUUCUUAUGUGUUCUUUCAGGACAGUUUAUGUUCCCAAUAUUUAGGGAAUAUUUUUUAUUAUCGGGAGCUGUUGAGGUAUCAAGAGAAAGCAUAGAAUGGAUUUUAACAAAAGAAGGUACAGGAAAUGCACUGGCAAUAAUGAUAGGUGGAGCUGUAGAAGCUUUAGAAGCACAUCCCCGAAGUCUAAAACUCAAAGUUAAAAGUCGAAAAGGAUUUUGCAAACUAGCACUGAAGCACGGAGCCAGUAUUGUUCCUGUCUUUGCCUUUGGAGAAAACGAUUUGUAUGAGCAAAUCCCCAACCCUGAUGGAUCUCUCGUGAGAAGAUUUCAAAAUUUUUUAACACAUCUUCUAGGAUUUUCACCUGCGUUAUUUCAUGGACGGGGCAUUUUUAAUUACACAUUUGGCCUUUUGCCCUAUAGAAAACCUGUGUUUACCGUGGUUGGUGCUCCAAUAGUUGUCCAACCAGUUCCAGACCCAAGUGGAGAACAGAUUAAUGAACUACAUGAGACGUACUGUUCAGAGCUUUACAAUUUAUUUGAAACACACAAACACAAAUAUGGCUAUACAGAAUCAGAUCAUUUAGACUAUGAAUAAGAAGUGUGCAGAAAUUUAAUACAACACACUAGGUAGAUGAAUACCAAGCAGUAGCGCAGUAGCGUCACAAUGGGGGGGG